AUGUCGCAAAUGGUGGUUCCUACCAGGACGGGCGAGAUUCUGUCGGUAGACGAAAUGAAGAAAAUGGGUAUGGAGUUGGAGAUAGUGGGCAUUUCCGGCGUUCCCGACGUGGGCCCAAGCUGGUGUAGCAUUCUGCUCGAGGUCAAUGCCAUUCUCGCAACGGGAACUCCGCAAAGGAUAGUGCAGUGGUCUGAGAGCCAAACGUAUUACCAGCGUGAUAUGUUCGCCUUCAUACAUUUCAGCCUGCUGAUGCUCCUACGGCUCCAGCUUUUCAGGAUCCCUGGACUCACGGCUAUGAACACGCCCGGUCACUGGAGAACCUGCGCUCGAACCUCACGGGAAGAUAUUGCUAUCGCCAUCGCCGCUUGA